UAUAUCUGAGGAGUCCCCUGAAGUUUCAGGAAGACUGCCAUAUUAAGAUCAAGGUAGUGGUUCAAGGAUCAAGGUAGUGAUUCAAGAGUCAAGGGGGGAAAAAGCGGCCCCCUCCCUCACUGCAAAAUGGAGAUGGUUUUAUUUUAAUGAGAGAUGGAAUGUGCCAGGGCUGUAGGAACCAGGCACGCUCCCUCUCUGGUGAGUCACCCUCUCUCCAGGGUCCGAGAAGCCGGAACUUGACUCUGGGCCAGGUUUCUUUGCCCUACAGGCUGGGGAGCCUAGUCAGCUCCCUCCCUGGGGAUUACACUAACUGGAGAAGUGGAGAUUUCACCCAGUACAUAGUUUCCCUGUACAACCAUGCUGGCUAGAGUGAAAUGGCUCUGGCUCCAGGCUAGAAAGUCUGGCAUCCUCAGGACCCUCUUGUCUUGCCCCCUUCUUGCCGUUGCCCUGGCUCUUGGGGUGCUUAUCUCUGCUGAUGCUCCUCGCUUGAAAACCCACAUUUGGCACCCUCUGGCUAAACACAGCACAAAAAAAACGGAGAUCAAAGCAUUUGUAUGAGCAGUGGUGCGGGAGGUGAAUAUUUAACGCUUUUGUUCAUCAAUAACUCAUUGGCUUUGACCUGUCUGAACAAGUCGAGCAAUAAGGUGAAAUGCAGGUCACAGCGUCUAACAAAUAUGAAAAUGUGUACCCUCACUGUUUCCCCGCCGGCCCCAGCGGGUUCCCCCAGUUUGCCUGGAUAAAGCCUAGACCCAGAGUCCCCAAGAUGGGGAGUGUGAGGGAGCAUUUGGCAUUAGGGGUAGUUGGGGGGAAUCUCCCUGGGACAAGGGACGUAGGCUUGGGGCAGCCUCAGAGCUCUUGUUAGAAUUGGCACCAGGAAAUCCCUACAAAAUCGCUAAAGCACUGGAACCAACGGAUUGGGGUGGGGGGAGUGAGCAAAGUGCAUUGUGGAAGCAGGCAGCCAAUUCUGCCAGGCUGGGGGGCAGAGGGGACUCUCCCUGCUCUGCCCCGGGCAGGCCAAAACCAAUUUUUGAAACAUGAGUGGAAAAACAAAACAAUAAGAAAAAAUGUUAAUGCCUCUGCCCUACAGUCAGGGAUCCCAAAGCCCCACUCAAUCCUGAGCAUCCCUCUGCCCCCGAAAUUCAUCCGGGCCUUGGGCGCGUCUGUGCUCUUGGUGCCCUGCAUGGAGGGGUGAGCCCCAGACAGCGCUGAAGCGCUGGGGCAGGCACGCCAUUCGUGAACUUUUGUACUCUUGUGUGCUGCUGCCGGCAAAGCAAAAAUAAUGAAACUUUGUGAUAUGUUUGUAAAUGAUUUUGAAUGACCCCUCACCCUGCCCUUCACCAUUAGUGCACUGGCCCCAGCCCAGGGCAGCUUGGUGCCUGCAAGCAGCGCCUGCCUCGGGGUCUUCAGCAGCAGCAGGACGGAGAAGCCAGCCGGGCUCGGGGCCCAGGAAGGAUGAUCCGCGGAUCAACUGAGCCUGGUGACACAGAGCACCCUUUUCUUCAAGAAGCACCUCACCUUUACACAGGGGCUCCUGUGUAAACACCUCAUUGGUUGCAGGAAUUUGGAGCCAAAGGGCUAGGUUUUGGAGGACUGGGGAGUGCGGUGGGAGGCCAGGUAGCCCCAGCUCGGCCCUCAAGGGGCAUGAGGGUGGAGGGUGCCCCAUGAGCGGCUCACUGGCCUUUGAGUGCCCUGUGAGAAGGAGGCGAGCUGGAAAGAAGGAGUGCAGGGUCCUUUUGGGGUCCAUUUGGGUGGGGUGGGGUGCCCUCGCCAUCUUCCUGGCACACCUCUCAGCUUCACGGGCUGAGGCAGGGGGAACCUCUCGCCAUACCUGCAAGGCCUGGCUUUGGCUAGAAUUACCCCAGCUCGGGCACUCACAGAAAGCUGGGCGGUUACUCAUUGCCUAAAUGGAUUCAGGCCAGCCAGAUUGUAGUAACUUUUGGGUGACCCUGAGGAAGACAAAGCCGGGGCUGAGCCUUUGUAUGGCAGUCCCCCUUCCCGCGGCCGGCGGGGUUGGCGGGAGCUCUGCCUGCUGGGGUAUUCUGCCCAACUCUGAGCUGCCUCACCCACCUGCCUUUUGGUGCCUACACUCCAACGGAUAUUCGGAUUCAAUCCACUUUGAGCUGUGCCCACUUUGGGGGGCUGUUUUCUGGCGGGUUGGUGAGUGGAGAGGGCACUGGAGAUUAGCAAAGUCAGUGGCAGACAAAAGCUGGAAUUACUUUCGGGAGGAUGAGGGUGCUGAGGGUUAGAAGUAUAUUAACAUCUCGUGAGGGCCCUCGAAUGUGCCACAGCGAGUCACUUGAUUACACGUAUGUUAUUUAGUUAAAUUUGUGAAAAUUAUGAGAUGCUCACCAACCCGGUGAUAAACUCGCUCCCUCGCUAUUGGCUGGCCUGGUCACAUGGCCGCCAACUUUAUUCAGUUGACAGCAAGUAGGAGGGCCCUAUGGAAGGAGAAAAAAAGACAACACGAGAAAAAUUAGUAUUUUCUACCUUCUGAAAUUAAUGGCCAUGAGUUCGUAUAUGGUGAACUCCAAGUAUGUGGACCCCAAGUUCCCUCCCUGCGAGGAAUAUUUGCAGGGCGGCUACCUAGGCGAGCAGGGAGCCGACUACUACGGCGGCGGCGCACAGGGUGCUGACUUCCAGCCCCCAGGGCUCUAUCCGCGGCCCGACUUCGGUGAGCAGACCUUUUGUCUCUCAGUGAACCCCAACUACACCGGCGGGGAGCCCAAGCGGUCCCGGACAGCGUACACCCGGCAGCAAGUCCUAGAACUGGAAAAGGAAUUUCAUUUUAACAGGUAUCUGACGCGGCGCCGUCGGAUUGAAAUCGCUCACACCUUGUGUCUGUCUGAGCGCCAGAUCAAGAUCUGGUUCCAGAACCGGAGGAUGAAGUGGAAAAAAGACCACAAGCUGCCCAACACCAAAGGCAGGUCCUCGUCCUCCUCGUCCUCCUGCUCCUCCUCGGCCGCCCCAGGCCAGCAUUUGCAGCCUUUGGCCAAGGACCACCACACGGACCUGACGACCUUAUAGAAGUGGGGACCCUGGGCCCAUCCCUCCCUGCGCUCCCGGCUGAGCCGAAGCCGUAGGGGCAGGCCCGGCCUGCUGUCACCUCGCUGGGCUCUAAGGUACUGUAGGGUGGACCUGGGACGUGCAGGCCGUCCUUGGACUAGGUUAGCAUCCUGCCCGAGGGCAGCCCCCUGCCUGGAGCGGGUCUGGGGGUGGGAGAGGGAUGGGACUCUCUCUCUAAGUAUAUGAUCAUAUGGCAGGAGCUACUGAGAACAUAAAACCUUGGCGAGUCAUUAAACUCAUGAAAAUCUCCGCUGUUGGAUUUUGAAUUUACAAGUGAAGGUUGAAUGCUUUACCCCAGUGUGAAUUUGAACAUCCUCCCCCACCCCACCCCUCCAGGGAUGCUGUGGUUUAAUAAUGUGGGGGAGUCAGGCCGCAGGUUAGACACCCCUGUGCGAGGUGCUUUCAAUGGAAGCAGGAGAGCUGUGCCAGGAUUUCUGAACUUUCUGGGUUGUCUGUAUAAUUUCCAGUGUGAAAUUAUAUAUAUUGUUCCCACUGGCCCAUGCCCAAAGAAAUGAGUCUAAGAAGGAAGUGGAAACGGGUUGUUUUAGGUUUAGAUUAUAUUUGCUUAAAUAUUUAUUUGGUGGGGAAUGGGGUACAGAAAUAACUGACAUCUUAAUGCCAAAAAACCUUAAGAUGGUGAAAGGGUCCAAAUUUCAGGGAACAGAAUCAGAGAUGUGUGGACUUACUUCAGGCUGUAACUGGCAUUUUGAACCCCACCCCCUCCCCAUUCCCCGGAAAUGUGUGUAGGGGCCCUUAACCCUUCUAGAGGGAAGCAAAGAGUCCAAUCUGAGUUGCAUUCUUGAAAAUAUAUUUCCACAUGUGCUUUUUUCAGCACUGUGCUACAACCAGUAUUAAAGGUUGUUAAAGGAAAGG